GAGUUCGCCCCAGCCUGUCGAAUUCCGAAACUCGGACCAUUUUGUCCAAGAACGUUGCAGUUAACUGAAGAAUUAGCAUUCCAGAUCUGAUUCCCUGACGUGCCUGAUAAUAAUGACUGACCAAUGCUCCAAAUUCUUCUUGCAAAUGCAGGGGGAAAGGGGUCGGCAGCCAUCCUCCUCCGCCUUUUCUGGGUUUUAUCAAAUUCAAGGGGGUCUUAUUGGCGUGCCACCCGAAAAUUCAUCGUGCCGGCAGAAAAAGCAAACUGCCCGGGAUUGCGAAGGGCUGAAAAAAAAUGGAGGGGCAAUCAACAGUUCAACUCAGCAAUCCGGGGAGUAAUUGUUUGGUUCCCCUCACACAGGCCCAGCACCUAUCUACAUAUCACCAUGAGCCCGAGUCUUCUGAUCUAGAGAACCAGCUUCUUCCCGGUCGCAUGCUGCAAAAGUGCGGGACGAAUUGAGACGGGAUGGCUGCGGGCCGGUCGUUCUUGCGACCG